AUGAACAAAUACGUUUUCUUCGCCACAUUUUUGUGUGCUUGGGCCUUAAUCAGCGCCAAACCAAAUCAUGAAGAAAAAGAAACAAAUAAUUCUACAGAAGUCAGUGAAAAACAUUUUAAACAAUUAGCUCAGCAGAUCAACGAUAAAUACAAUACCACACUGUUCCUAGACGCUAUUAAAAUGGGAGAAGCAGUCAAGGAAAAAUGUCCAAAUAUCGAGGAAAAAAUGGAUUCUGUCAUUGAAGAAAUCCAAACUUGUGUAGAAGAAAUUAAAAUGGGUUCAGAUACUUUCUGCUCUACCGUUUCGAAAAACUUCGUAAAAUGCUACAAACCAGCUGGAGAGAUCAUUAGCUCUUGCUUGCCUGAAGAAACCAAAGAUCUUCCAAUUAUGAUGGGAAAAGUAAUCCACGCUGUCAUUGCACAAUCGUGCCACUCCACAGUUGAAGAAAUUUUGGAACUGUUUAACCCAUGCAUCAUCGAAAAUAACCCCAAGACAAUACCAGCUUGCCAACAACUCAAAACAGCUAUUGAUGAACACAAAAAUGAAGUUCCAACUAAAUCAGUUAUUUGUCAGACUUUACCAAAAGUGAAAAACUGUAUAAAAGCUAUGGUUGAAGGAUCUUGCAAAAACCAAAUCACCAAAAAUGCUGUAAUUAAAUUCUAUGAUGCCAUUGAAGAUGCAGUUAAAGAUGAAUGUGAUGCUCUUAACAAAGCUUAA